UUUUCUCCUUCCUUGCCUCCAGCCGCCUGCUGGUAUACAUGAUCCUUGCUCUAUCGGGAAGGAGGGAGGUUUUUAUGAGGGGGAUAGAUCGUGGUUGUUUCCAGAUACCGUACGUGGAGGCUGAGAGGGGAGUCAGGAGCCUGCCAGGGAAUGAGACAGCAGUGAGUGGGAGCGCCAGGGAAGGGCAAAACAAAAAAUAAAAACAAACAGAUGUUAAAAAAAAUAAACAGCUGGGAGCUAAAAGAAGAGUCCCCUGGUUAUUGUAGCUGUGCUGCAGAGUGAGGUGAACAACCUGUUGUAUUGGAUCGGCUGGCUCUAGUAAAGGAAGAUACAGAGAGAGAGAGAUACAUUCACACAGGACAGGCGGAGAGGGCAGAUGGAUGAAAUACACAGAGUGGAGAAGUGCACCAGCUGGAUGAUUACCAUAGACAAAUAAGGAAAAGGAUUUGAAGAAAUGCAUGAACUGUCAAGCCUGGGCAAAUGCUGGCAAUGAGGAACAGGGACCAGAGAUUUUCUGAAUCCGAAGUUCAACAGGCAUAGCAAGGUAUUUAAAGGAGGUUUUAUCUUUCUGGUGAAGAAGAUUGAGGAUGGCUGCCCUGGGCACAGAAAGUUUCAGGAGUGGCACACCAGUCCAGACGCCAGAGGGAAAUGUGGUGAUGAAUUUCAGCUUUGAUGGCUACCCAUUGGAGGAGGAAGAGCCUCAGACUAAAGAGAGACAGAGACAGGGCAGUACAGGCAUGUCCAUAGUCAAUGAACCAGGUGAUACCCGUUGUGUGUGUGAGAGUGACUAUGUUGAGUCACAGCCCAGGGACAGCUAUCAUGGCAUUUACUUUGCGAUGCUUUUGGCUGGAGUUGGAUUCUUACUGCCUUACAACAGCUUCAUCACUGACGUGGAUUACCUUCACCAAAAAUACCCAGGAACAUCCAUUGUGUUUGACAUGAGUCUCACAUACAUCCUUGUAGCGUUGGCAGCUGUGAUUUUGAACAAUGCACUGGUGGAGCUGCUGAGUCUGCACACCCGCAUCACCGUCGGUUACCUGUUUGCUUUGGGCCCCCUAAUGUUUGUGAGUAUCUGUGACGUCUGGCUGGAGCUAUUUACAGUACAGCAGGCAUAUGCCAUCAAUCUGGUGGCAGUGGGCAUUGUGGCUUUUGGAUGCACAGUGCAGCAAUCAAGUUUCUAUGGUUACACUGGAAUGUUGCCCAAACGCUAUACCCAAGGGGUGAUGACAGGCGAAAGCACUGCUGGCGUCAUCAUUUCCCUCAGCAGAAUCUUUACCAAGCUCCUGGUUUCUGAUGAAAGGAAGAACACCAUUGUCUUCUUCUUCGUUUCAAUUGGAAUGGAGAGCAUGUGCUUCAUCUUGCACUUGCUGGUGAAAAGAACGCAGUUUGUGCGAUACUACACCUCUCACAGCAGCCGGGGCCAUGAACGUCUAAAGGACAAAGGUCAUGUGGAUCAGGGCCCAGGUUACCGGGUCCAUCAUAAUGUCAAUACAGAGGAAGUAAGAUUCGAAAACGGUACAAUGGAAAGCCCCCAGUCUGAUGUAGCUGAGCAGGAUAUUCCAGCCACUGCUGCCUACAUGAGGUUUGAUGCACCAAAGUCAAAGUUAAGGAGAACCUGGCCAGGUUUCAGAGACAUGAUUCUACACCGAUACAUUGUGGCCCGCAUUAUUUGGCCAUACAUGCUCUCCAUAGCGCUAACAUACUUCAUCACCCUCUGCCUAUUUCCGGGACUGGAAUCCGAAAUUCGGAACUGCACUUUGGGAGAAUGGUUACCAAUCCUCAUCAUGGCCAUUUUUAACCUGUCUGAUUUUGUGGGAAAGAUACUUGCAGCUUUGCCUUAUGACUGGAAGGGACUUCAUCUCCUCAUCUGUUCCUGCACCAGGGUUGUCUUCAUCCCACUCUUCCUUCUGUGUGUGCUCCCAGGCGACCAGGCUGUUUUCAAUCAUCCUGCCUGGCCAUGUGUCUUCUCUCUGCUAAUGGGGAUUUCAAACGGCUAUUUUGGUAGUGUGCCAAUGAUCUUGGCAGCAGGCAAAGUCAACCCAGAACAGAGAGAGCUGGCAGGUAACACUAUGACUGUAUCCUACAUGUCGGGACUAACAUUAGGAUCUGCAGUGGCCUACGUCACAUAUAGCCUGACCAGUAUGUCUCAUACUUCAUGUAUUCACACUGAAACCAUCAACGCUUCUCUGACCACAGGAAUCUAAAAAAGGCUCUCUUCACAUUCUCAUCAGGGGCUAAAUGGAGAAAUGCUAAAGGUUAUUUAGAUCAUCCCAUGGAAACAUUGCUUGGUCCGCAUCAUCUCAAACAUAUAAAAGAUCCCCAACGUGUCUGGGACUUUGUUUUUAUUCUGCACAUCCUCGAGAAUUGGAUGGGAUCACCUUCAUGAACAUGAAAAGCUUCUGAAGAAGCUCCGAAUGGAAGUGUUAUCCGUCAGAAUCACCGACAGCCUUGACUUUAAUUGAGACUAAAAACAGUCCUAAAAUCUCGUCUAAGACUGCCUGCUUAUUGUUAUUUUGUUUGCCAACUCUGUUUAGAAUUGUGUUCCUCUUUUUACAGAAGGGAGCUGUUGUCCUCUCAAGUACAGCUUUCUUGAGCAGUGUAAGAGGGGUUCUGUAAUUCUAUGGCUAAUGUUCCCAAGCAUUUUCCAGACAAAAUGUGCAUUUGUUUAAGCAAAUUAACUUCUCAAACCCACUGUGUUUUAUUCUUCAAGGAUUCCAUGGGCAGGUCUGCACUGUGUUUUAAAAGACCACCAAAAAUGAUGCUUUUAUACAUUCCUCCGAGUGUAUCUGAAUGUGGCUUUAAUCAUCUUUCCUGCAUUUUAUUUGACUAUAACCCAGCGAAAACCUUCUAUUGUGAGUAAGAUUGUUUCAGGUGAACAGAACAGCCUGCCAGUUUAUAUAUUGUCAAAGUGCUGAUGUUUCCAGAACAUAACUCCACAUCAAUCAAAAGUGAUAUGUUCACCUCUAAAAGUAAUCUCUGUCUGAACUCAUUACACUUUGUAAAGGCCUUCAUUACAACUCAUUUCCAAAGAAGAGUCAGUCUCAAAUUAGAAAGCUUUGAGGAAGGACACAAUUUCACAACAUGAUUCUGCUUAAAGUUAGAUGCAUUAGUUAAUCAGUCAAGAGGGAGCUAGGUAAACACAUGAGAAAGAAGACGAAGCUAAUAGGACAAGAUGAAUAGUGCUGGAAGAGGCUUGUGUGGUGUAUAGACACCAGUAUAUGGACCAGUUGACUCCAGAGGCCUGUUUCUGUGCAGUAAAUUCAAUCCCAAAGCUUCAUUUGUAAGGAACCCUGCCAACUCAAUGGUCUACUAGUGAUGAGCAGCAUCAACUGACUCAUAAUGGGGGCAGGCUUUUGACAGGGGAAGUAAAAUGCAUACAUCAGAAUUCCAACUAAAAAACUUUAAAAUCCCAACAGACGAACAGGUAUUAUAUUUUCUUCAAACUUAGGUCUGAGCAGCUCCUGGAUAAUAAUUGCAAGGCGUGAGUGCAGGUUUCUAUACAGCUGCAGUGAAAUUGGAAUGAGAAUUAAACAGCCUCACAGCACUUCAUAAAUUCUACAGUAGCCUUCACUCAUUGAGUUAUUAUUACUGACAACUUGAGUAAAGCCCCAAAUAACUGAAUCCAAACAAGAAACAGAAUUCUGACAGAAUCCAACUGAAUAAUCACACCUUCCUGCUGCAUUUCCUUCAUGUCUUAGAUCUUGAAGCCAAAAUCUACGCUUCUCGGGUAAAUGCCUCAAAUAGUAUUCUCGUAGUGGAGACUUACUCCAUCUGAAAUGUGCCCCAUUCGGUGUUUUUUUUACUUUGCAAAUCUUUAUCUGGUAUUGUACUUAACGAAGAAAGUAAAUCAGAGCAGGGGGAGGGUAUCCUGUUUGGAUUCUGGCCCUAACUGGUUGAUCAGCAUUUCUGAAUGAGUAAACUGAGAAUUGAGACAGAUGAAGAUUGAAAAUACAAUAUCUUUUGUCCCAUGGGAUAGGGGUCUCACUUUGUGCAACACUGCCUUAAAGGACCUGUCACUCCCACUAAUAGCUAUGUCAGUAGCGACAAAUGGGGGAAAAGUUGAGUGUGCGUCUGCCAUCUGUUAUUGUUCUGUGUCAAAUGAUAACUCCUUGUGUAAUCUUUCCUUGUGUCUUGAAAAUUAUUCCAGUUUUUCAAAAUAACAGGUAUAAAUUGCAAAGCCAGGACCACAACACAGUCCAGCACUGGAAAGAUUCUUUAACAUGUUAGUGCUGUUGUCAGUUAUUAUGCUGUUGGGGUGAGAUGGUGCAAGUUAGAGGGAUGUGGAGCAUAAACACCAGCGUAGACCAGUUGGGCCCAAAGGCUUGUUUCUGAGCUGUAUAACUACAGUGUAAAAUUUCUAGUAUUUGUGUAAAAAGAGAGAAAAACAGUAUUAUUGCUGUUAGCUUCAGAUAAUGUUGCUCUACUGAGUCUGAUUGAAGACUGUGAAUGUGAGCUAACAGAGACCAUUCACUCCAGUUAACCCCUUACUCUCUGAUCCUUAGAAUAACAGCCAUAAUAAUAUUGUUAAACAGAAAUAAGGAGAGUGCUCAUACAUGUGUAGAAUAUACAGAUGUUUAGAUAUGGUAGACCAUGAUUUCUGCAAGAUGCUUAUACUUUUCUUUCUACUGCAUAAUUUAAAGACUGAUUUAAAAUGGUAAAUAUUGUGUACACGUGAUCUGAUUUUAUCAAAAUUUGAUAUAAAUAUAUACAGGGCAGGUCAUUUGUCCAACAUCCAGGCUCAAACAACCACAUUCCUGGCGACUUUCCUGUCUAUACCACUAAAGUUUCCAAUCCUUUUGUUUCUUGAGUCUUGCCUCUACAGUAACCCUGUGCUGGAACACAAAGCCCUUUGCUCCAUCUAACAACCAUGUUGAGCUGCUUCAAGUGAAUAUUCCAAGUCUUCUUGCUAGACUUCUGCUGCUGUCAGCAGAUUCUAGUUGUUCCAGAUUUCUUGGUAAUCUUGUGCUGUCGCCUUAUAUGAAAUAAGUUGCAAAGUUGGUUUUGGUCAAAGGUUUAUGGAGCAGACCUCCUAUUUCUUUACUCUGUUAUGGGAGGUGAGCAAAGUCAGCAUUUGUUGUCUAAUUCCCUUCAACUGAGUAAUUGGACCAACCAUAUUGACAUGGAUCUGGAGUUACGUGUAGACCAGACCAGGUAACCAAGGUAGAUUUCCUUCCCUGAAGGGCAUUUUGUGAAACAAACGGGUACUUACGAUAAUCUCACAUCAGCGAGAUUAGCUUUCAAUUCCAGAUUAAUGAAUUAGUCAAUGAAUUUAAAUUCCACCAGCUGCUAUGGUGAGAUUGAACCCAUGAGCCCAGAGCAUUAAUAGGAUUCCUAGUUCCAGCAGUUUACACUCAAUCCACUGUCUCCGCCAUAUUAUGUAGAGUGUUUGUGUGAGGAUUACAAACAGGAGACAACUACCUUCAUUGUAGUGAUAAUGCUCAGUUGGACAGCCUAGCAAAGGCCACAUUUGACCCUUAUUCCAGGCAUCACUUUUUCAGCAAUCCCUGAAUCAGCAAACAGCACUUCCUUGACUGACCUGAACCCUGUCACAUCAUUCAGUAUAGUUUGGCCAGUGAUAAUCAAUGUGACUUCCCAGGAACCUUACUGCAGCUAAUUGGAAGCCAAUGGCUGUGAAUUUAUUCUUCACCUGAUCAUAAUACUCAUUCUGUUCCAAUACACCGCAGGCAUGAGCACACAAGUUCUUAUAUAAUUUCUUUGGAGAGUUUAGUUGACACUUAUGAUUGUGAUAGACCAAACAGUUAUCCAUCAGAGGGAGCUCGUACCUCAGCUGUUAUAUGAAGAUUCCUAGCUACCAAUCCAGCAUAUUGCUGUGAUAAAGUGUGAGAGUAGUGUUCUGCACACAUCCUUGUUUCACACUAUUUGAAUCAGACAACACAACUUCCUUCAAUAAACCCUCGGCCAGGCAUCACAUUAUGGAGCUAUUUCAGCAUCAGCCCAUACCAAAUCACAGGAUUGUUACAAUGCAGAAGGAAGCCAUUCAGCCAUCGUUUGUGCACCGGCUCUCUGAGUAUUUUAACUUGGUGUGGUUGACCUGCCCUUUUCCCCAUUAUCCUGCACAUUAUUUCUAUCCAAAUAUCCAUCCAAUACAUUCAUGAAUGUCUCAAUUGAACCUGCCCUUCUGGACAGUGCAUUAAUUGCUGACUGAGUGAACACCAUAUUACUCAAUCUACAUUUGCUUCUUUACAAAACACCUUUAAAGCUGGUUCACAGUUAGCUUACAAGUUUCUCCCAAUCCAAUCUGUCCAGUCCUCGUAUGAUUUUUGAAAACUGUCAAACCUCACUUAGUGUUCUUUUUUCUAGGGAAAACAAUCCUAGCUUUCCCAAUCUGUCUUCAUAACUGGACUGUCUCGUUGUUGGAACCAUAUUCAGACUCUCUGCUGUCUCUCCAGUGUUGUUCAUAUUCUUCCUAAAGUCUGACACCUAGAAAUGUACACAAUACUCCAGCUGAGGCUCAACUCGUGUCCUGUACAAGUUCAGCGUAUCCUUGUGCUCCUGUUCUUUAUGCCUCUAUUAGUGUCAUCAGAAUGCUGUAUUCUUUAUUCAUACCUCUCCAUUGGUGCUGUCUCCUGCAAUGGCUUAUGCAGGUAUACUCUCUGUGCCCCUACCAUGGUUAAAGUAAACUCAUAUUGUUUGGAAAACUGGUGAUAACCCAACAUCCUGUUAAACCUUUAAAGAUGGCCUGUGUUGUAAUUGCUUUAAUCAACAAGCAGCAUAUUUAAUAUAUUGGUCUUUAUUUUGUGCUCUGCGCAUAUUUUGAAUUUGGUGAGACCAUGGAAUUGAGAUAGUCUUUUGAUGCUGCAGUGUGAUCCCCUCAUAUAACAGCUUCAGAAGCAAGGCAUUGCACAGAAUUGGAUUCUUUGCUGUAGACAAAAGGAUGCUGAACCCAGCCAGCCAGCUGCCCUUGUUCUGUCAUAUCUCAGUGGUGUCUGUAGCUGUGGAUUUUGUGAGACUUUGGGCAGAACUUUAUGGGUGCCCCCGCCGAGUUAACACUUUGAUCAGAGUUGGGGAGGGGGUGGGGUUGGGGGUGUACAUUUGGGCACCAUGCCAUUUUGUUGCCAGUGCCUACUUUCCCACUGCUCAUAGCAAGGGUGGCAUUGGAAAGUUUCCAUUGUGCUGCUGGGAUUUCAUCCUUGGCUUUGGGAGAAGGGCAGCUCCAUGUGUUGAGCAGCCAGACCUGACGGGAUGGCAAAGUGGUGGACGUACCUCCUUUAUGGGUCCCUAUCCAUGGGAAGCCCCUCUCCCAAGUUCUGACCACCCCAAUGAUUUUCUGCACCCCUCACCUCCAUCUCAGGGGCAUGGCAACCUGGCUGCAGUGAGACGUUGGACUUACAAAGUGCGGAUUCAUUGCCUCAGGCCUCUGUCUGGGAAUGGUUGUAGAGCCAGCAGUGGCCACCACUAUUGGUGGUGGUGUUGGGAACCAGAGAGCUGCCACCUACUUGAUUGGCUUGCAGAUCUCAGAGGUAGGAGAUCAUCUCAAGACGAUUAAUGGGAUGGCUACCACUAAAUGACUGUGGUACUCUCCAGAACCGUACCCCUGUCCUACAACAUGCCCUCCCCUUCCCCACCCCACCCUGCAUAAACUCCAGCCCCUUCUGUCUUCAAAUUAGGCUGAACACCUCGAGCAGAUGCUCAUUAGAGGCUCCAGUAGAAACCUGAUAGAGGUCAACUCUGAGUAGCACUGCUCAUCAGCUGGACCUGCAAGUGCAUCUUACUGGAUCUGUCACUUAAUCAUUUUUCUGAAAACCAUGCCAUCUUGCUGUUGCUUUAAGCAACAAUAGGUACAAAAUAAAGUGUGGUCACAAAAUAAAGUGCUGAGCAGACUAACUGAUAUAGAACAUAGAACAUAGAACAAUACAGCACAGAACAGGCCCUUCGGCCCACGAUGUUGUGCCGAACAUUUGU